GAUAAUGUAUAUUCAAUUCUGGCUGUUUGGGGUUUGGCACUUGCGUAUCGUCGCAUUGACGAUGAUGAGGGAAAGGCUUAUGAACUGGAGCAUGCAACCAUCAAAUGUAUGCGAGGUUUGCUUUCUUCUAUGAUCAGACAGGCAGACAAGGUUGAACUGUUUAAAAAUACCCAGGCUUUGGAGCACGCACUCCAUGCAAAAUACAGCACUACCACUGGAGCUACUGUUGUUGGCGACCGCGAAUGGGGUCACUUGCAGAUUGAUGCCACCAGUAUCUUUAUUCUGAUUCUUGCACAGAUGACUGCAAGCGGAUUGCAUAUUAUUUAUACGCUUGAUGAAGUCCAUUUCAUACAGAAUCUGGUGUUUUACAUUGAACGUGCAUACCGCACACCAGACUAUGGCGUUUGGGAACGAGGAAACAAAAUGAACCAUGGUCAGCCAGAACUCAACUGUUCCAGUAUUGGUAUGGUUGUUGCUGCGCUACAAGCUAUUAAUGGAAUCAAUUUGUUUGGAUCGCGUGGAGGCCCACUUUCUGUAAUUCAUGUGCUGCCUGAUGAAAUCACUCGCAACGUCACCACUCUUCACUCGGCUCUUCCAAGAGAGUCUGCUUCAAAAGAAGUAGAUGGCGCACUGCUUGCUGUAAUUUCAUUCCCGGCAUUCGCAGUCUCUGAUCCAAAGCUCGUUGAGCGUACUCGUUUAGAGGUGAUCAAGAAGCUUGGUGGUAGAUAUGGGUGUAAGCGAUUUCUUCGUGAUGGUCAUCAAACAGAGGUUGAAGACCCAUCGCGUCUGCACUAUGAACCCAACGAACUCAAGAUCUUUGAAGGUGUAGAGUCUGAAUGGCCACUAUUUUUUGCCUAUUUGAUUCUUGAAGGUCUGUUUAGGGGUGAUAUGGAACAGGUUGAGCAUUAUAGAGCCAUGAUGGAACCCAUUUUGAUUGACUCAUCCCAGAAUAUGCGACUGGUUCCUGAGCUAUUCAUUGUGCCGCUGGCUAGUAUUGAUGCUGAGCGGGCGAAUCCUGGAUCUCAGGAACGUGUCCCCAAUGCCAAUGUUCCUUUAGUAUGGGCUCAAAGUCUGUAUAUUCUCGGCAAUCUCAUUUAUGAUGGCUUAUUGUCUGUAGCCGACAUUGACCCUCUUAACCGCCGUUUGAUCCCCAACACUCUAAGGCAAGAACUGGACACUGUUGUUCAACUUGUGUUUUUAUCUGAAACAGCAGAGUUGCAGUCCAAGUUGCGUAUGUAUGGAUUAGAGACUCAAACACUUGCCAAUUGCGAGCCAAUUACCAUUUCUCCACCUUCCGCACUUCGAGAUGCCAUGCAGGUUCUUGGAGAAAAUCAAAAACUUAAGCUAUCUGGCCGUCCUAAACGACCAAUGGGUACGCUCAGUACUUGCAAAAUCUACCGCUGUCAGGGCCAGCUUUACGCUUUUCUUCCACACUUUAUGAAUAGCGAGGAAUUUUACCUUGUUAGUGACAACGACUAUCUUGUAUCAUUGUUUGAACAAGAACUUGCAUUCAUCAAAAACCACUGGUAUUCUAAUGGACGGCCCACAAUGGUUGUAAUGCUAACCAAUGAAAUGCUUAGUGAUGUUGUACGUGCAACAAAUCCUACUCAAGCACCAACGCAACGAAAUGGUUUGAACGUAUCCAAUAACAAACAAAAACUUUUGAACUUCAUGAUGUCGCUACGAUCUUCUGGUGUCUGUAAUGGUGUGCGUAUUCGUGUUGGUCGUCUUUCUGAAAUGAUCAAUACUGCGUGUAUUGAAUCACUUGAUUUUCUUGUGGAUACGCAGAAUGCUGAUUACGAAAACUGGCAAGAGAUCUUGCGUGGACAAGGACCACUUCAAACGGAUGAAUCGUCUCAGCAUUUAGUUAUAAAGGGUGUGAGUGGUUCAAACCAAUUUGAUAAAGAUACCAACCAUGCAUCUGCCAAACAUAGGCGCAUGUUGCGUAAAUUUUCUACUAAUUCGGAUUCGCCAAUUCAAGCUCGUAACGCACUCUCUAGUCCAUAUACUGCCCAGUUUGAUGAAAGCGAUGAUUCGAAGAUUGCACAUUCUGCUGCAGCCACUGAUUCAAUCAAGACUUCUGCUCCUGCCAUGUCUUCUGAUACUGCUCAGAAUGGUCCAUUAAAGAACACGUCUACAAAUACUGCCACUGGAGAAUUACUGUCGCUGACGUUGGGCAAUCCAAGCCAAGUCGAGGCGGCCGUGGCUCUUUUGCGUAUUUCAGCUAAUCUGUAUGACCAGGCUGAUCUUCUACAUUAUAUUUACUCUUGCAAAGGAAUUGAUUACCAGGUACCAGGUCUGUGUUCUCUUCCUACGCUACUCGAGGAAGUUUAUGUAAAAGCCAUGCACAUGAAGCAAUGGAGUGUGGUUCGUCAGAUUGCUGGUCUUCUUCACAAAACUGUAUCUUCUCUUACCAGCAAUCUCUCUGAUCUUCUUGUUCGUCAAAAACCCGUCACAGUUGGCUUUGGUGCAUUGGAAUACUUUAUCAAUGAACCCAAGAACCCAUCUGCUCUUGCUGAUAUUAUUUAUACUCAUUGUUCUAGCGAUAUCCGUGAGGCUCCGCUUAUUCAAGAAAUUGUAACUUACCUUGGUUCAUUUAUUCGCGGCUCGCCUCACCUAUUUGAUGGAAUUAUGCGUAUUCGAACACACUUUUUUGUCAUUGCUAUGCGAGAAGAAAUUUCUCGCAUUCAGGGAUGUGACGAAGAAGAAGCUGUUGAAAUGCUUAUGCAAUUAUCCCCCUUUGAGAUGAAGUCGCUUAUGGAUCAAGUUUUGACUGCUCGAGACAAAGUCAAUCUUUUAUCAAGUGACUAUAUCCCAACACCUAUGGCUGGAGAUAUGCCAUCACGCGUCGUACAUGUUGAUACCAAUGAAGCUGUCAAACAAAAGAAAACCCAAAAGGGGAGUGAAGGGGCACUGUCUACAUUCUGUGCAUUGGAAAAGGUAGAAGCAGAUGAAGGUGGAUCUAGCAUGGCAUGCAUUCCAGAAACUUUUGGGAAAUGGCUUCGUCGCCGCAAGAACGAUGGUGCUCUUAAUCGAGUUCCAAAAGACUUUUAUCCUAAAGUAUGGAGACUCUUGAAUAAAACCAAUGGCUUGGCGAUUGGCAAGUCGCUUCUUCCACGCGAUCCGGUUGUCGGUGAGAUGACGCCAGAGGAAUUGAAUUUUGCACUACGAGUGGAAGCAUUGUACGAUCAUAUUCGAGACCCAGCAGAACGCCAAAUUGCUGUCGAGUUGAUUGUGGUUAUUGCACGAAUUGAGGAA